UUCCUGUGACUCAAACAUGGCGGCCUCCGUACGGAUACUGUCGACAGGUUGGUCCCUUGUUCCUGCUCCACUCCUGCUCCCUCGGCUCAGUCACACUCCCACACUGUGUCAGCAACUCCGGCUCCACGCCAGCCCCUCAGCCCCGCGCUGGAGCUCCAGGACGGAGCCGGAGCCGCAGCUGCAGCCCAGCCACACACGGAGCCGGGAGGGAGAGCCCGGAGCCGGGGCUGGAGCUGGGGCUGGAGCCGGAGCCGAGGCCGGAGCCGCGGAGGAGCCGGAGGGUCCUGAGUACAUCCCCAGGGGGAGAAAGGCCAAGAACCCCAUGAUUGGCAUCGGAUAUGCUUGGAUGGUGGGUCUCCCCGCAGGCGUGAUCGGUUUCGUGCUGGCCAAGAGACAAGUGGACAAGAACCGGCUGAAGCAGCUGAAGGUCCGGCAGAGGAUGAAGAACUCGAACCAAGGAGACUACGAGGGGAGCCGCUACCAGCAGCACGCAGCCAAGGCUGCACUGGACCGGUGACACGCUGGCGUCCUGGGGGACACAUGGACCGCUGCUCAACCCUCAGCAGUACUGGAGUUGAGGGGGAUGGCAUCCCCCCCCUGAAAUAAAAACUGUUAAAAUCAUCCCUCCUUUCCAUCCCUUAUGUCAUCAAUGAAUGUGGUUUUACUGCUAUUUCAACAUUUAGUCAUCACCAGAAAAAUAACACCCGAAAAAUAACUUA